AUGAGCAAAACUUACUUGAAGGUAUGGAAGGAGAAGAAACAAAAAGAUCCCAAUACAGUCCUCUCCUUCAAGCAGAGGCUGAGAAUAAAGCAGCAGAAGCAGGAGGAAAGAAAGAGCCUCCUUAGCAAGAUCAAGAUCUUAAAGACAAAGAAGAGGAACUUCUUAAGGGAGCGGCAGAAGCAGAGAGAGAUCAAGAAGCAAGAGAAUACAAGCAAGCCUUGA